GGGCACCAGGUCAUCUGGCUCAACAGCGGGCAUCGGGUCACCAGGCACGACAGCAGGCAUCGGGUCACCAGGCAUCAGGUCAUCUGGCUCGACAGCGGGCAUCGGGUCACCAGGUAUGACAGCGGGCACUGGGUCAUCAGGCAUUGGAUCGUCUGGCUCGACAGCGGGCAUCAAGUCAUCAGGCACGACAGCGGGCAUCGGGUCACCAGGCAUGACAGUGGGCACUGGGUCAUCAGGCAUUGGAUCAUCUGGCAAGACUGCGGGCACCGAGUCAUCUGGCAAGACCGCGGGCACCUAGUCAUCUGGCAAGACCGCGGGCACCAAGUCAUCUGGCAAGACCGCAGGCUCCGAGUCAUCUGGCAAGACCGCAGGCCCCGAGUCACCAGGCACAACAGCGGGCUCUGAGUCAACCGGCCCGACAGCAGGCUCCGAGUCAACUGGCAAGACAGUGGGCACCAAGUCAUCUGGCGGAACAGCGGGCAUCGAGUCAUCUGGCAAGACAGCGGGCACCGAGUCACCUGGCAUAAUAGGAUCAUCAGGCUGGAUCAGCUGGGUAGAGACAUCAGGCUGAAUUGUGGGUGCCGAGGCACCAGGC